UCCAAGAUGGCGGCCUUUAAAGCUUUAGGUAAGCGAAGAAGCUACUCCAAGAUGGCGGCUUGUGGAAGCCUACAGCUACUCGGAGGUAUCCGAUUUUAUAAUGCGCGAGCGCUGCGGCGGCAGUUGGGAAAGAUGUACCUGCCGGAUCCUGCCGACCCUCGGACGCCGCCCUUCCAGUUGACGGCCGCCUACAAGGCCAAGUUAUUCGGGCGUUAUGGGGCGGCUUCUGGGGUCAAUGCGGCUCAGCUCUGGCCAACUCCCGAACAGCUCCAAAAAAUAGAAGCUGAGGAGAAAACCUGGUACCCGCCGCUAAGAGAAAUGGAGAUGGCGCUUGAUGCAAAGGAGCAGGCGGCCGAAGCUAAGAGACGUCAGAGAGAGGAGCACAUUGCUGCUAAAAUGGCCAAGAUGCCGCAGAUGAUUUUUGAGUGGCAGCAGGAGAAAGAGCUCCGCAGGGCAAAGGAGAAUGAAGAGAAAAAACGGCGGGAGCUGCUACUGGCUGAAGCCCGUGAGCGCUUUGGCUAUAACCUGGAUCAUCGCAGUGCCCAGUUCCAAGAGAUGAUGCAGGAGAUGGAGAAGGCUAGACGGAAGGAGCUGAAACUGCAGAAGAAGCAGCAUAGAGAGGAAGCCCUGGCCAAAAAAGCAAUGGAAAAAGCAGCAGCAGCAGCAGCAGCUGCUGCCUUGACCCCAGAAAAAGAGGGGGAGGUGAUUGCAACAGAAGUAUUACAGGAGGCCACAUAGAUUAUUGGGUCACAGGUCUCUGAAGUAAGUGCACCCUCCAGGUUGUGACUUGACUUUACAGCUCUGCAUGGUUCCCAGAGACCCAGCACCUCUGUUGCAGCAGUGUCCAAUAUGCAAAAAUAGUUUAGCAAAAACAGGAUUCUGAGUAGCAAGCAUCUUCUCAGAUUAUAUCUCUGGAUCCCUUAUUAUUUUUGCUAGUGAAUCUCAAGGACGCUGCCAAACUUUGACUGUUUUCUCUCCCAGUGCCAUAACUUAGUUUUUUUCCAACUAGCUAACAGAAAUAGUGUGUACAAUCAAUAAAUCUACUUGGUAUUUUAA